AUGGUUCAGCACACCAGUUCGAAUUGUGAAUGUGAAUCCCUCCGGUCUCAACUUGCCGCUGCCGAGCAGCGAGGCCAUGAGCUAUCUCAAAAAUGCCAACAACUUGAAAUUCAGAUCUUCGAGGCACUGAGCUCUGCCCAGGCUGCGACUAAUACUCCAAAUCCUGAAAAUUGUUCGGUGGCCCCGACAAUUACAGGAACAGUUUCCCAGCAUGAUCAGCUGAAUAGCAACCCGGAUAAUCGUUUCACCAGCCGUAUUCUGGGACCGACUUUUUCAUUGAAGGGGAAUACUAGAAAAUCGAAUAGCAGCGCGUUGAGCAGUGCCUGGGAGCUGUGGGGAGACGACACCACCGUUGAGGUCCCGGAGGCAAGCGGGUUAGGCCUCGACCAUGAUACGUACGUCAACCUGGUGAACGCAUUUUUCGAUAGGCGGUGGCCAUAUUUGCCGGUACUACAUCGGGGGUCCUUUUUCCAACAACACCUGACCCCAUUUCUGACCAAUUCUGACAUGAGACCCUUGUCCAACUUUCUUGUCAACAUCGUUUGCGCUAUUGCAUCAGCCGAGAGGUCGUCCCAGCAGGCCUGCGACAAGACCCGCAAGGUGUUUUUCAGAGAAGCAGUGAAGGACCUCCAUCUCGUCAUGAGCUCCGAUAACUUUGAGUGCAUCCAGUGUCUUCUCCUUUUGUGCAUGUACGGCCAUAACGAGCCUCAGUCUGUCAACAUGUGGUAUACCACCGGGCUGGCCCUGAACCUCGCUAUCGGCAUCGAUCUGCAUCGCAAGGAAAGCCUGUCGAGUCAAGGUAUGAUGGACGGGGAAAUGUGCAAACGUGUUUUUUGGUGUGCCUAUGUCAUGAGCUGCAGCAUGGCCAUCAAUAUGGGUCGACCGCUGGGAAUUCGAGAGUCGGAUAUCAGCAUGCCUUUACCUCUGCAGCUGACGGACACUCAGCUCGAUGAAUCUGUUCGCAGCCCCUAUGUCGAAGAGACUUUGAUACCCAAUGUGGCCGAUACAUCAACAUUUAUCCAUAUCAUCAAGCUACGCCAGAUUAAUGCAGGAGUUUACACAACUUUCCAUUCUAUCGGAUCGACGUUGGCAGAUACCACGGAAAUCGACACACUUCGCCGUGGAUAUUUCAUGGAACUGAAUCAAUGGCUGAUUACUGCGCCGCGGUAUAUGCAGACACUGUCGACUUUCCAGUCCACUGAAUGGUUCCAGAUUGCCUUUCAUCAUGCCGUUCUCUCUCUGUAUCGUCCAUCGCGAGCUGUUCCAAUGCCAUCCCCGGAUGACCUGCGUGUUUGCACCGAGUCUUCAAUCGGCCUGAUCAGCUCAUACAGUGCACUAUACGCACGGAAUCGCAUCAAAUAUACUUUCGUCGCAAUCCACUCACUGUUCAUGGCGGCGGUCACGAUGCUUUAUUCUUUGCGAGCCUUUGCUCCUCUUAGGAGAGAAUUGGCCAAACCUGUGAUUAAAACCAACAUAUCCACUUUUCUUACUUUGUUCCGCGGCAUUUGUGAUGGACGAUUGGUGGGCGAAAAAUGUUGCGGUAUCGUUGAACGACUUGGCGAUUCAAUCUUAUCGCUAUUCGAAAACGAAGACCAAGCCGACUCUAACAUCGACACUGAGUUCCAGACUUGGUUUGGACUUCAAACACACACAUUCAACCCAUGUGCAAAUGGUAUAGAAGAUCCAGAGAAUUAUCUUCAUGGCUCGCUCUCGCACUUCCCGGAUGUUCAAGGCGAUCUACCAUGGGCUGAUUUGUUCACCGAGGGAAUCGAUAUGGGCACUGCAGACGUUUGGAGCGUUCUUUUUGAGAAUCUCCAUGAUAAGUCAUGCCCUCCUCCGGUCAACGAUCUCUCCCAACUACCGCUUUGA